AUGGCUUUAGAGGAAAUCAAAGAAAAAUUUGCGGGAAAAUGGAAACAGGACAGAAAAGAAAAUUUUGAAGAAUUUUUGAAAGUUAUGAAAAUUAAUUAUGUUAUGAGGAAAAUGAUGAACAAUGUAAAUCCAGAAGAAGAAAUCUCAGUAGAAGACGACCAUAUCGUAGUCAGGUUUAAAGCCGGACCCAUGACUAAAGAAAGCAAGUUUAAACUGAACGAGGAAUUCGAAGAAGAACGAAUGGGAAUAAUGAUGAAGAUAAUAGGUCGCUAUGAAGACGGGAAGAUAAAAAUGGAAUGUUCACCAACAGAUAAGGAAAUGAAAGUUCAACAUGCUACUCGAGAACGUGUCGGAGAAGAAGUUUUACUUACCGUGGUUGUUGGAGAUGGUGACGUCACGUGUAAAAGAUAUUUCAAAAGAGUACCAACGUAA